AUGAGCGUAUCUUUUACAUCGACAGAGAAUGGCGACUUCCAAUGAACCCAUGUGUGUUGAUGAGAGAAAAACAUCUAAUGUAACAAUAAAAGAGGGAGAUCAAGCGAUUCUUAAAAAAGGAAAGACAGUUCGCAUUUUCCAAAUUCGAAAGAAGAGAGACAUCUGGUUGGAUAAAAUUAAAUUCUCAUUAGAUGGAGCUGUAGGUCAUUCUUAUGGAUCAACAUUUGUGGUCAAGAAUGGGCAGAUGCAUAAAGUACAGAAAACUUUCAAGGAAGCAGAAGUACUGGGUCCAGAGAAAGGGACAGAUAACAGGGACUUGCAUGAUCUGGACAGCAAUCAAAAGUUAUCACGAGAAGACAUUGAGAAAAUGAAGAAAGAGGGGGCAAAAGGCCAGGAAAUCAUAGAGCAGCUUAUAGAAAACAGUACAACAUUUAAAGGAAAGACCGAAUAUGCUCAAGAGAAAUGGGUGAAGAAGAAAAAACAAAAGCAUGUAGCAGAAUUUACUGUGCUAAAACCAAACACCAGAUUAAUGUGUCAAAUGUACCAUGAGAAAUCUCCAGCUAAAAUUCUAAACAUACGAAUGGACACACUAGCUCAGAUUUUGACGUAUGGUAAUGUCCAUGCAUUUACAAAUGUGGCGGUUGUAGACACUUGUUCAGGACUCGUAGUGGGGGCGGUCCUGGAGAGACUAGGAGGGUAUGGAAAAGUAUUUCACUUUCAUCCAGGAGAGAGACCAGUAAGACCUAUAGUGGACAACUUAGAUUUUCCUCAAGAAUUCUUGGACAAUUUGUACAAUUUUCCAUUUUGUGAAAUUAACUCAUUAAAGUCAGAAGAAGGAAAGAGUGACAAUGUAAGUGACAAUUCUCACGGAGACUCUGUUCCAAGUGACGGUGAUAGUUUGUCAGACACAGCUGUGAAACAGUGUACAGACAGUAAUACAGAGACCAACACUGCCGGGGAUUCCACAGAGAGCCAAGACAAAGACAACACAGACCAGGCUGUGGCAAGGAAGAGAAAAGCAGAGAUGUCGACAAGAGAGGCGAACAAAAUAUUGUAUAGCAAACGGUUGUCUGAGGCUAAGGAACUGCUAUUGAAGCGGAAUAUAGAUUGUUUGAUCAUUGCCAGCAAGUUCAAUCCGACACCUUUAGUGACGACUUUGAUCAAGUACGUGGCUCCCUCUAGACCAAUUGUUGUAUACAGCCAAUACAAGGAGGCUGUGAUGGAUGCCUACGCAUAUCUACGAGAGAUUGGGUGCCUGGUCAAUUACAGGGUCUCCGAGACAUGGCUCAGGGAGUAUCAGAUCCUGCCCAUGAGAACACACCCAGAGAUACAGAUGAGUGCCGGAGGGGGAUAUCUACUCACAGCCACUACAAUAGUCAAAGAGCAAAAGUGAAUGAUGGAUGGGUGGUUAAUGAAAUUAUGUAUCUAUAAAAAAAAUUAAAUAAAUAAAACAUGAUA